AUGCCCUCCAUCCCCACCCCCGGUGUCUGGGUCCCCGUCCCCACCUUCUUCACCCCCGCUGGCGCCCUCGACACCGCCACUCAAGCCGCCCACUCACUGCACCUUGCACGCAACGGCAUCGCGGGCAUCGUGCUGCUGGGCUCCACGGGCGAGGCCGUGCACCUGUCGCGCGCCGAGCGCAGCGAGAUGAUAAGCGCCGUGCGUGCAGCGCUAAAUAAGAAUGGAUUCGAGGGAUACCCGUUGAUGGCGGGGACGAUGGCGGGGACAGUGGACGAGACCGUGGAGCUGCUGGUGGAGGCGGGAGAGGCGGGGGCUCAGUUUGGGCUCGUGCUGGCGCCCGGGUAUUUUGCGGGGCAGGUGAGUCAGGCGAAUGUCGAGGCGUGGUAUAGUGCUGUUGCGGAUGCGUCGCCGUUGCCGAUAUUGAUAUACCAUUACCCCGGAGUAUCAAAUAACAUCCAGAUCUCCAUGGAGACGUUCGAGCGCCUCUCGCAGCACCCCAACAUCGUCGGCGCCAAGUUCUCACACGGCAACAUCUCGCACCAUGCACAGGUUGCGCUUUCACCCGAGAUUGCUCAUAAGACGUUCCGGCUAUAUAGUGGGCAGGGGCAGCAGCUCCUACCCGUUGUCAUGGUUGGCGGCGCAGGCGUGAUUGAUGGUCUUGCAGCGACAUUUCCAAAGACCGUCGUCAGGCUGUAUCAGCUGGCGACUACGCUCCCAAUGACAGAUGAGGCAUUGGUAGAGGCGAGGCAACUCCAGUGGUUGGUGAGUAAGGCGAGUGAGCUUGUGUGCGUCAAGUGGGCCGUGGUGGGCAUCAAGGAGUGUGUGGCCAGGGUGCUGGGGAUGGGAAACCUGGAGGGUGGGAGGCUACCAAUCAAGGGCUGUGUGAAGGAUAUUGGUGGUGAUUGGGCGGCAGUAGAACAGACGAUUGAGGAGUUGGUGAGCGUGGAGAAGUCGUUGUGA